GAGGUUUGAGCUUGGAGUAAUUUGUAGCGGGUAGUGUAAACGGUAUCGGACAAGUUGCUUGGUUUUUGGUAGCUUGACUGGCUUCGAAUCUUGUAACUUUAGAGAUCUCAGUGAUUUCUUGUUCCAAUGGCAGAUAGUUCUAAGAACCCAGUGAAGUUAUGGAAUAACUGGCGGGACUCGCUAUGUUCCCAAAGCUACCUGUUUGAUCUAUAAGGAAGAAAAAGACAGUAUUUAUCAUGUAUAAAGUCUUUUUCUAGGUAUUCUUCCAAUUGUAAUUAGAUAGCCUCGCAGUCUGCGCCGUGUAUAAUAAGCUUCGUAAUUGCUCACUUGACUAUCUGUACUUUUUGAGAACGUCUAACUCACCUUUCAGUCAAGGGUCUACGACAUAAAUGCAGUCUUUUAGUUCGGGUUUCACUGAGCCUUUAUGCAUUUUGGUGAAGGCGUUUCCACCCAUCCAAUUCGUCUGAAUGGCCAUAGGGUUUUAAACCUUUUAUCUCCAAUCAGAUGACCAUGACUACGAUUUCUACGUCAUCAUAAAACAGGACCGACGACUCUGGCGUUUCAUUCGACUGACCAUCCAGCUCGAAUGUUUUAGUCUUGGUUAUGCAAGUUUUGAUUGAUGCCUAUUAACGCGAUUAAUUGUUUGUUUAUGCCCGUCGCAAUUUCAGAUGAUAGUGAUUAUAUUAUCAGGGGAAAUUCGGUGUCUUUAUUCUUGAAUCAACAACCUAGGAACUGUCUAACAAUGAUUAAAAGGAUACUUAGGAAACGGAUCUAGAUGUCAUAUCCCCUCUCUUAUGUUAGGAAUAUUCAAAAGAGAUCGCAGAAUUGAAAACAAGGGCGAGCAAAGUUAUGGUGUCGUAUAGGUUUGCUAACCGAGUAGUCAACUCUUGAGACGUACGUCUGUAAGUAUUGUCGUUGCAUGUAUCUGAAAUUAUUCAAGAGAGGUCUACGGUGUACAGAACUUUGCUUGAAAAGAGCUAACACAGGUCAUCAUUCUUCCGUUUCCAAUACUCAAAUCUGGAUCUUAAGGGAAUCUUUCUGGAUGUACUUUGUCUUGCUUCCUACCUAUUUUAGUCGUCAGUCGAACAAGCUUAAUAAACGUAGAGUGGUUGAAAUUCUAUUACCAGUAAAGGUGCAUUCGUUUUCUCCAUUUCAUAAGUAUGUUACUGAAUACACUAGCACCUGUUUACCCUUGUCUUAUUUCUUCCCUAUUGUGCUAGUGUCUUUACUCUGAUGUGUUAUAACGUGGUUUUCUCAUCACUAUAUUAGGUGGUCAGAGUGUGCGAGUUCAGUAUAAUUGGUAUACUACAUCGUGAAAGUGUAGAUCUUCCAUGUAUUUGUGUGUGAUUCUACUCUUCUUGUUUGCAACUUUUCAGUUCUUUCUUUCGACACAAGUGUUAUACAGCUGUACGCAAGACAUGUUUCGUAUGAACAUUUGUCGAAAUUUAGGCGAACACUUGGCGAAACUUGGCUACUAAGUCUUUCUGUAGAAUUUCGAACCAGACUGCCGGGCGAAACAUUACGGUUUUGGUGUUCCAGAUAUUUCCUUAUCGUCGGUUUGUAAUUAUCCUGGUAGUAGCUUCAAGCGUAUUGUUGGAUUUCGAGGAAGCAUUUCAAAUUCCUGAACGAUUUUAACAAUUUUGAAUGCAGAUAACUUGCUUUCGAGAGGUUGUUAGGUUCUGAAAUCCCUUACAAUUUAGCUAAGGCCGUCUCACAGUUGUUAGUCUUGUAGCUAUCAAUGCCAAGGUUGGACUUGAUAGUUUCAAAUAAAUUUGGCAUUGGGUAAUAAGUUAAUAGUAAAUAUCUUUUUGUGAUAUUCCUUUGUACUAUUUAAACUCAUGUUAGUUUCAUUCCGGUUAUUUAUUUACUCUAAAGAAGUGACUUACAUUAAUUCACAAAACAUCUGAAAUACAAUUUUCUACACGUUGGGAUAUCAAAAAAUAUAUUUAUUAUUUGUUAGUCUUGGCUUUUUAAGUUACAAGUGAUAAAUAAUUGUUUGUCUUUUUUCCCUGGUGUUUCUAUUAAGUGUAGCUAGUAUAUUCUCCCGGAACUAGUUAAAAUAACUAAAUUGACGUACAUCAGCUAAUCGUGUUGGCAUUCUUCAGGUUUCACUUCGUCUAGUGAUGGCAGGUUAUCCUCACCACUUUGUUACUGCUCACCUUGGUUAUCCUGGUUAUGCUCACACAACCUUCGUGCCUGCGUCGAUUUCUAAUCCAGCCAACUCUGUCACCCAGUUAUCAGCUGCUCAAAUCAAUGCAGGAUGGGUAGAGCACCAUUCUCAUGAUGGGAGAAAAUACUACUAUAAUACAUUCACUCAACAGACGACUUGGGAAAAACCUCAAGAGUUGAAGACUCAGCGUGAGAAAAUACUUUGCAACUGUCCAUGGAAAGAGUUUAAAUCCGAAAACGGUAAACCUUACUAUUUUAAUGAGAAUACAAAACAAUCAGUAUGGAUCAAGCCACAAGAACUAAUAGACGCUGAAAACCAAGCAGCCGCCUGUAAUUCAGCUGUAAAUGCUACGGUCCCCGAACAGCCACCAAGUAUCCCCCCAGUCACACCGUGUACACCAGCUACCCCGAAAGAUGACGUCAAUAAGCCUCCUGAACCUUCGGAAAUUGAACGGGCAAUGAAGGCAACUUUGGCCUCUUUUGAUACGUCAGAUACUGGACCUUCAUCAAUUUCGAUUCCACUACCUCCGGAAAAAGUAGAUGACAGUGAUAAAGAUGAAAGUGACGAAGAGAAGCCUGUAUCCAAUCCACAUAUAACUACAUUUUCACCAAAUACUCAGACAGUGCCAGAAUAUAAGACCCGAGGAGAAAUGGCAGAAGGUCUUAGGAGGCUUUUCAGGGAUUGCAAUGUUCCCGGUGGGGCUACAUGGGAGCAAGCACUAAAGUUAAUCUCUGGGGAUCCUCGUUACUGUAUCUUGAGAACGUUCAAUGAAAAGAAGCAAAUAUUUAAUGUUUACAAGACUCAAAGGUUAAAAGAAGAACGCGAGGAGCAGAGAAUAAGAAUUAAGAGGGCAAAAGAGGAUCUAGAAAAGUAUCUUUUGAAAUGCAAUAAACUACACUCAACUAUGUCAUACCGUAGAGUAGAUCAACUACUGUCGGAUACGAAAGAAUGGACUGAUGUCCCUGAUCGAGAUCGUCGUGAAAUAUUCGAUGAUGUCAUUCAAGAGGUAGGUAAACGUGAAAGAGAAGAGGCUAAGAUUUUACGUAAAAGGAAUAUACGAGUAUUUAAUGAAAUCCUUAGUGAGAUGCUUGAUCUUACAUAUCGGACGACCUGGAGCGAAGCACAACAAAUGCUGCUUGAUAAUACCAGAUUUACUGGAGAUGUGGAUUUGCAAAACUUAGAUAAAGAGGAUGCGCUUGUCUGUUUUGAAGAGCAUAUUUGUAUGCUUGAGCAAGAGCACGACGAAGAUAAAGAACGCGAACGUCGGAGACAAAAAAGGGAACAACGAAAGAAUCGAGAAGCAUUUAUAGUUUUACUUGAUGAAUUGCACGAACAGAAAUUACUCACUUCUAUGUCUCUAUGGAAAGAUCUAUACCAUAUAAUAAACAAGGAUGAUCGAUUUCACAAAAUGCUUGCUCAACGUGGUUCUACGCCAUUGGAUUUAUUCAAGUUCUAUGUUGAAGCAUUAAGAGCUCGUUUCCCAGCUGAAAAGAAGAUUAUCAAAGAGAUUUUAAAAUACAAUUGUACACCAAUCGACUUGUCUGUUUCAUACGAAGAUUUUUGUUCGAUAAUAGGCUCUGAUGAACGCAGCAAAGGAAUAGAUGACGGAAAUAUGCGUAUGACAUAUGAUGGUCUACUAGAAAAAGCUCAAGGUCGUGAACGUGAACGCCAAAAAGACGAUGCUAGGCGUAUGAGAAAACUUGAACAAAACUUCUGUGAAAUGCUUACAAAUUCCUCCUUUAUUCAGUCCAAUACUAGUUGGGAAGAAGUUCGAGAAAAAUUAAGUGACCAUCCUGCCUUCAAAGGUUUGUCGUUGGAAUCAGAAAGGAUUCGACUCUUUAAAGAGUAUAUUAUUUCAAUUGACAACUCAAAUGAAGACUCUCACCGGUCUCGUAAAGAUAAACACCUAUGCGAAAGGUCUGCUUCUAUUCAAGAUGUUGAAAAAGAUGUCGAUGCAGUGAAAGAUCAGAAAAAGAAACAAACCGUUUCCCCUUCCCCAGCUCCUUCAGAACAUAGUCAUACUCGUAGGUCGGACGACGAAAGGGGAUCAUCACAGAAACGUAAACAUCGUAAAUCAAAGAAAUCAAAACAUCGCAAAUCAAAGCACCAUAAGCAUCACAAAAAUACAGAUAAGCGUCAAGAUGAAGAAUUAGAAGAAGGAGAAGCUGCUGAUGAUGAUGAUGAAGAUGAUGAAGCUGUGAAUCCUCAAACAAGUGAUCGUGUCAAUCCCCUCAGUGGUAGUAAACGUCAUCGUCAUCAUCGACGUGGCCAACGCUCUCGGACGUCUGACCCUGAGGAUGGUGAAGAGGUGGACAGUACUAGUGAUGGAGAAUUUUAUGACCGUGAUUCAAAGCGUAAAAAACGUUAG